AUAAAUAAACAAUAUCCACCCAACACAAGUAAAGUUUAUUCCUACUUUGAAUGCUGUGAAAAGGCGGCAGAAAAGUCAAAUGGAAGGAAGGUGAAAUACGAGGAAACAGUAUUUUAUGGGUUGCAGUACAUUCUUAAUAAGUACUUAAAAGGUAAAGUAAUAACCAAAGAGAAAAUCCAAGAAGCCAAAGAGGUCUACAAAGAACAUUUCCAUGAUGAUGUUUUUAAUGAAAAGGGAUGGAACUACAUUCUUGAGAAAUGUGAUGGGCAUCUUCCAAUAGAAGUCAAAGCUGUUCCUGAUGGUUCUGUCAUUCCCAGAGGAAAUGUUCUCUUCACAGUGGAAAACACAGAUCCAGAGUGUUACUGGCUUACAAAUUGGAUCGAGACUGUUCUUGUUCAGUCCUGGGAUCCAAUCACAGUGGCCACAAAUUCUAGAGAGCAGAAGAAAAUAUUGGCCAACUGUUUGUUAGAAACUUCUGGUAACUGAGAUGGUCUGGAAUACAAGUUACAUGAUUUUGGCUACAGAGGAGUCUCUUGCCAAGAGACUGCUGGCAUAGGAGCAUCUGCUCAUUUGGUUAACUUCAAAGGAACAGAUACAGUAGCAGGAAUUGCUCUUAUAAAAAAAUAUUAUGGAACGAAAGAUCCUGUUCCAGGCUAUUCUGUUCCAGCAGCAGAACACAGUACCAUAACAGCCUGGGGGAAAGACCAUGAAAAAGAUGCUUUUGAACACACAGUAACACAGUUUUCAUCAGUGCCUGUAUCCGUGGUCAGCGAUAGCUAUGACAUUUGUAAUGUGUGUGAGAAAAUAUGGGGUGAAGAUCUAAGACAUUUAAUAGUAUCCAGAAGUACAGAGGCACCACUAAUAAUCAGACCUGAUUCUGGAAACCCUCUCGACACUGUAUUAAAGGUUUUGGAGAUUUUAGGUAAGAAGUUUCCUGUUACUGAGAACUCAAAGGGCUACAAGUCACUGCCACCUUAUCUCACAGUGAUUCAAGGGGAUGGAGUAGAUAUUAAUACCUUACAAGAGAUUGUAGAAGGCAUGAAACUAAAAAAGUGGAGUAUUGAAAAUGUUUCCUUCGGUUCUGGUGGAGCUUUGCUACAGAGGUUAACAAGAAAUCUCUUGAAUCGUUCCUUCAAGUGUAGUUAUGUUGUAACCAAUGGCCUUGGAAUUGACGUCUUCAAGGACCCAGUUGCUGAUCCCAACAAAAGGUCGAGAAAGGGCCGACUAUCUUUACAUAGGACACCAGCAGGGAAUUUUGUUACACUGGAGGAAGGAAAAGGAGACCUUGAGGAAUAUGGUCAUGAUCUUCUCCAUACUGUCUUCAAGAAUGGCAAGGUGACAAAAAGCUCUUCAUUUGAUGAAGAAAAAAUGCACAGCUGAAUAUUGUACUGGAAGCAGCACCUCAGCAGUCUUUGUUUUAUGACUGUGUGUUGCAUGUGUGUGUGUGUAAUACAUGUUUAUUGUACAGAUGUGUGGGGUUUCUUUGUGUUCUGUGAUACAUUACAGCCAAAUUAUUUGUUGGUUUAUGGACAUACUGCCCUUUCAUUUUUUUUCCCAGUGUUUAAGUGAUCUGAAAUCAGGAAAUGCACUUAACCAUGUAAAAGAUUAGGGCUAAAGUAAGCUUUUUAGGGCCUUUGCCAAUAGGUAGCUAUUCAAUCUGGUAUUGAUCUUUUCACAAAUAACAGAAGUGAGAAACUUUUAUAAUUACUAAUGAUCCCAUAAAACAGAUUUGCAUAAAUUAUCAUGAUUGCUUUAUGUUUAUAUUUAACUUGUAUUUUCGUACAAACAAGAUUAUGUAAGAUAUAUUUACAGUUUCAGUGAUGUAACAGUCUUUCCAACUUUUCAUGAUUUUUAUGAGCACAGACAUUCAAGAAAAUACUUGAAAAUAAAUUACAUUGUCUUUUGUCCAUUAAUCAGCAAAUAAAACAUGGCCUUAACAAA